AUGUCGUCUGACGCAUCUUCCCACCCAACAUCUCUCGCACGGUUUCGUCCAGCGCUAUAUCUCUUGACAGGUAUAGCGGCUGCAUACGCCAUUUUCUAUGCUCACAGCCGAUAUGUCGCUUCUCCAUCUCCUCCGCCUUUACACCGCCGCAAUGCCGUCCGGAGGAGAAGCACGCGGCGGCGCGGUGGUAUCUCCCUUCCCAGUGGCGAAUCGCGCGCCCCCCAUGACUUCUCAGGGCCUAUAGAAGCACUGGACCUGCUGGAAAGAACAGGACAAGCUUAUGGGACUUUUAGGAUGCAGGUAGACGGUGGCCGUGCUGUUGAGUGUCGUCUCAUCCCGUCGCAGCUACCGUCUGUCGAUCAGAUUCAGGAAGAACUUGAAACUCUUCGGGGACACGCACGGUAUAUACGGUCCGUCAUUGAAGAUGCCCUACUUGAUAACUUCCUCGCUGUUGAAUUCCAGUCUUCGCAUACGAUUCUCUUUGAAACGGGCGAGUGGCAAUAUCUGUCAACUGAGUUGCUAAGCCGUGGUCUUUCUGAGACGAACGUCACGGCUGCGCUCACGAGAUUUAAUGAGUCCGAUCAGUUUGGCGAGGAGCUACGGCGUCGGAGACAGAACGGCGAGUCGAUACGACUGACAGGCCCUGGAACUAGCCUCCUCAACCCUUCAGAGCCGUCCCAAACUGCACAAGCUCAUGAGCAGGCGGAAACAACAGUGGAUGACCAGAGCCUCUUUUCGUGGCGAGAUGGUAAUGACGAUGGUACACCCACCCGUGAGGGACAGAAUUUGCUCAACUUACUCUACCAUAUCGCUGAGGAUCAGGCGCGGCGGGAUGGCUAUAUUCAUCGCGGAGUAACGUGCAAUAGCUGUGGGGCAAUGCCAAUUCAGGGAAUAAGAUAUCGAUGUGCCAACUGUAUCGACUACGACCUCUGCGAAACAUGCGAGGCAAUGCAGGUUCAUAUCAAAACCCAUCUAUUUUAUAAAGUCCGUAUUCCUGCGCCUUUCCUAGGUAAUCCGCGACAACCCCAGCCGGUUUGGUAUCCAGGGAAGCCGUCUAUGCUGCCACGCAGUCUACCACGAAAUCUCGCAAAAAGACUUAUGAAAGAGACGAAUUUUGAAAAUACAGAGUUGGAUGCGCUCUGGGACCAGUUUCGCUGCCUGGCAAACGUUGAGUGGAUCAAUGAUCCAAACAAACUUAAUAUGGCGAUCGAUCGCAAGACGUUUGAUCGAUGCUUUGUGCCAAAUACGUCAAUUCGGCCUCCCCCACCGAGUCUCAUAUACGACCGGAUGUUUUCGUUCUACGAUACUAACGGAGAUAAUCUGAUCGGGUUUGAAGAGUUUUUGAAAGGACUGGCAAGUUUCAGUAAUAAGAGUGUGCACGAGAGGCUUAGGAGAAUAUUCGAAGGGUAUGAUAUCGAUAGAGAUGGCUACGUGGAAAGAAAAGAUUUCCUUCGAAUAUUCCGGGCAUACUAUACGCUCAGUAGAGAAUUGACAAGGGACAUGGUAGCCGGCAUGGAAGAUGACUUCUUGGAGGGUGGAACAAGAGAUAUCAUACUCGGGAGCCAACCUAUAUCUUCUGCGUUCCCGGGCAAUAUCCCACCUGGAGAACCUUCCAGGAUUGGUGAAGGAAAACGAACAAAUCUGCGAGGUGAUAUGGAAAUUAUCGAUAAUGAGGGCAUUUUACGAGAUGAUGGUGAUGACACAGGCGAUAGGAAUGCAGUUAUUGCAGACGCUGCAGUUAGGGAAACGUAUGGUCGGACACGCCCCCUCUUCACAUCUAGGCUGCGACUCCCUGACCCUCCAUUUUCGCGGCCUCGUAGACGCAAUCGACACCCCCACGGAGAUACCAACGAAGAAGAGUAUGGCGAUGAAGAAGAUAACGGAUCGCAUGAUUCGGAUUCGUACCCGGGCAGCUACAGCGAAUGGCCUAGUGACCUGGUCCGGUCAGAGGACGUAGUUAGUGCUUUAGGCACCUAUGUACCCUUGGAGGAAAUCACCGAUCCGGUUGAUAGGGCUAGGAUCGCUACUUGUGCAAUGCAGAGACUUGAUGAAGCAGAUCGAGAGAGGAUGCAACGAAUAAGGAGAGAGGGAAUUGACGAAAGAUGGGCAAGGCGGGCGUUCUAUACCGACGAGGAGGAGGGCGCAACUGCUCCUGCUGGAUACCAUGAAGCGGAUGAUUUCAACGACGUCGAAGAUAUACCUCAUCGACUCCAAGAGGAGUCGCACUCACCCACUCCACGGUCGAGAUCAUCGUCUAAGGUUCGCUUCCAGGAUGACAUCACGGACGACUACGAGACUAGGUCAAACCAGUCCACGUCAUCUCGCAGCAUCCCAGUAGCUGAACGCUGGGGCGGAUUCGAGGUCCCUGAAGCGGAAAAGGAUGUUGGAAAAGAAGUACUAUAUCAAGUUACUCAGCAAGGUCUAAAUGAGCUUCUAGACCUCAUAUUCAAACCGAAGGAAAAUCUACUUAUGGAAGCACGUCGGACGAAGGCUGAGAGAAAACGAUGGGCGAAGGAGAUCAAUAACUUUACGGCAUCCCUUCCUAAAAACCAUUAUCUUCGACAGGGUGCUGAUAUCGACAAGCAAACUGGAGGACCUGACCAAGCAGAAGCGGAAGACGAAGUAAAAUCAACAGAACGCUCGAGGAAGGAACAUCGGGAGCAACUACUGGAUGGCACAGAUUAUCCCUCCCUGGGCGGCGGAGAUAUCCUUGACCACUCUCAUCCAGGUGAAGAUGAUAUCGCCGGCCAGGCGGAAAUGCUCGCCGAUCCUACUCUCCCUCAAAACCGCCCUAAUGACCCGGAUAUUCUGGAGCCUUUCCCUCCGGCCCCCGAAGGAUUAAACUACACCGAGUACAUAGAGGAAGAAGAAUACGAAGUAGCAGAGAGCACAUCCCCACCUCCCGAUCCAACCCUUCCUCAAAACCGACCAGACAGAGCAGCCUCGGGCCGCAGCCUCCAUAUAACUGAAGUUUCCAGCUCCACAGCCCUUCCACAUGGACAUUCCGUAUUCGAGCAAUCACCUGUCUACGAAUCUGCUUCCACCUCCAGCUCCUCCGCCCCCGCCUCCGUAUCUGCGCAACAACAGCCACCACAACAACAGCAACAACGCCCUUUGCGCCCACGCUCUAUACGAUCCCGUAACCAAUCCUUACCCCUCCGUCUCCGUUUCCAUCAAUCCGCCUCGUCAUCGCCCCGCCGACAACAACUCGUCCCUGAUGGUGACGAUGAUGAUCGUUCACAUUCCUCCCUUUCUCUCUCUCCCCCACCAUCACCAUCCUCCUCAUCCUCCCUGAACGACGCUAACAAAAAACCCAAUCCACCUUCACCGCCACUUCCACCAUCGCCGAAGACGCUCGCCCGCUGGAGCAGGCUUAAUCAGGUGGAGCGGGAAGCGAAGGCACGUGGCGGAUCUGGUGCAAAGUUGAACUUUGACGAGUUUGCGAUGAGGAUGCAGGGGGAGAGGGGGCGGCGGCUGGGAUUUGUGGCGAGUUGGAUUGAUAUGACGAGCUUUUAG